GACACUUUCUCUCGUCUUCGAAUGUGAGUUUAACUUGAAGCCUAUGGAACUGAAUUCGGUCUUUCUCGUCAUUUCAAUUGAUAUGAACCUCAUUAACACAUUUCUCAGCGAUGCCUUUGACGAAGCCGGAGAGAGUGAAGGCGCUCGCUCGCGACCAAAACUCACACCUCCCAACACACCACCCAAGCCUUCUCGGGGACUUGUCUCACCAAAGAAGAUGCCUCGGAUUCCUGCAACACCGCACCAACCCAGCUCGGAUAUUUUCUGGAGCCGUGAGUUCGUCGACGAGUGGAACGACGAACACUCGCCACGGAAGCAGCUGUUCCCCGAUGCUACCAAGCGCAGCCCGGAGAAGCACAGCCCGGAGAAAAAGAAGGCCUCGACGAAGACGGCGACGGACCGUGAGUCAAAGAAGGCGUUUGAACAGGCCAAGCACGACACGGCCGAAAAGUUUCUCGGAGAGCUCGACACGGUCAUCACGGGCGGGAAGCUCUCGGAGCUGGCAGCUUCCACGGGAGGCAUCAAGCUGAAAUGGACCAACAAGCUAAACACGACGGCGGGCCGGGCAAACUGGAAGCGUGAGACGAUCCGGUCCAGCCACAAGAGAGGCGACCCUGCUGCCGGCGGUGCUGCCGCUGGCGGUGCGACUGCUCCCGAUGGCACGACCACCGUAGUCCAGCACAACCACUACGCGUCCAUCGAGCUCGCCGAGAAAGUGAUUGACGACGAGCACCGGUUGCUGAACGUCAUGGCGCACGAAUUCUGCCACCUGGCCAACUUCAUGGUCAGCGGCAUCACCAAGAACCCGCACGGCAAGGAGUUCAAGGCGUGGGCGGCCAAGUGCUCGCGAGCGUUUGGCGACCGCGGCAUCGAGGUGACGACCAAGCACUCGUACGACAUCGACUUCAAGUACGUGUGGCAGUGCACGGCCUGCAGCCUCGAGUUCAAGCGCCACUCCAAGAGCAUCGACCCCGGCCGCCACCGCUGCGGCAGCUGCAAGAGCGAGCUGCGCCAGAUCAAGCCCGCGCCCCGCGCUGCCUCCGCAAAGCCCAGCGAGUACCAGGCCUUCAUGAAGGUGCAGAUGAAGCUGAUGAAGGAGGAGAACCCAAAGAGCCCGCAGAAGGAUAUCAUGAAGCUCGUCGCCAGCAAGUGGGCGCAAAAGGGAGGAGGAGCAGCCGCAGCCGCCAGCGGACGCUCUGUCUCGCCAGCCGACAGCGGCAACAGCAGCAGCGGGGGCUUCCGAGAUGUGUCCAAGGACUUGGAAAAUCUCGUCGCGAUAGAGGACGACUGAGGGGUGGCGGCUGGCUGUUCCCGCACGCCGGGUUUUGUGAAUCCCUCCCAUGUUUAUGAUACCCCCCGUUUAUGGUCCGAGGGCUGAAUCUUUCGAUCCUGGUCUCCUCGAAGAUCGGGGGACGUGUGUCGUGGUGUCAGGGGAGACCCAAUGGUUGUACGAAGGACGCGGAAUCACUGUAUUUAUUGUAUGUAUGGAUAGCACCAUUGCAGCCUCUCUCUUUGCCGCCAUCAAAACUGCCUUUUCGUAUAAGUAGGUAGAAAAAAAGACACUACAGUGGAGCACCGGAGGUGGCUUAAAAUGCUACCUAGCCCGUACAACACAUGGA